AUUUGAGAAUAAUUUUCUUUUUUGUUAUUUAUUAUUAUGCUUCAUACAGUUAGAUCGUUAUUCAAAUGUGCAAACUCACGAAAAUAUAAGUAGGAAUCUCAAAUUGAGAUUCUAAAAUAUAUAUAAAUCAUCUGCUAUGGAGAAUGUCAAAAUGCACAUUAUGGAUAUUGCUGAAGCAGUUGCAAUCAAAAUUGAUGAGAAAACUGAUAAUUUUUCUAGGAAAGCAGUUAAACUAGAAAUAGUAGAAGAUGAUCAUGAAGAGCUCAAUGCUUCUGAACUACCUGUACCUGAGAUGUAUGAAUUCAAAAGGUUUCAUAGUAACACAUAUUUUGAGAAAGGAAAUCAAGGAAAAGCUCGUCUUGGAAGUAUGAACUCAAACCUUGAAACUUCAUCAGGUUGCAAUGAGUUGAAUGAGAAGGAUCAUAUGCAGAAUGUUGAGAAAUUCCCAGUUAAAGAGGAAGACAAUUCUGGUCAUGCAGAAACUUUCAUAACGAAAAACAAUAAUUUUGAAACAGAGAUAGAAAAUGAUAACACUAUUAUUGUGAAAGAAGAAGUAACAUUUCAUGAAGAAGAGCUAAGGGAGUAUUGUCGUACACAAACUUCUGUGAAUGAGGUUCAAGAGAAACUUUUAGAUUAUAACAGGCAAGAAGGAAAAUCUCCAAAAACCAACAAAUGUAUCAAAAGAAAGUUGCUACGACAUAAAACGAUUCAUACAGCAGAAACGCCAUUUGAAUGUUCAUUUUGUACAAAAUGCUUCGCCUCAAAAUGUAAUUUUCAAAGGCAUAUGAAGGUUCAUUCUGAAGAAAAACAAUUCAGGUGCAAAGAGUGUUCAAAAUCGUUUUGUAACCCUACUCUUUUGAAAUCACAUCAGAGAAUACACACGGGAAAAAAUCCUUUCAAAUGUGAAAUAUGCUCCAAAACAUUUGCUAUCAUUUCUGUUUUGAAAAGACACGAAACUAUUCAUAAAGAGAAAAAAUCCUUCCAAUGCCAUAUCUGCUCAAAGUCUUACACUCAAAAAUAUAAUUUGAAAGCACAUUUGAAAGUUCAUUCUGGAGAAAAACUUUUCAAGUGUGAUAUCUGCUUGAAAUCAUUUUUAGCAAAUUCUCAUUUAUUAUUACACAAAAUGGUUCACGUGGAAGUAAAGCCGUUCCAGUGUGAUGCCUGCGAAAAAUCAUUUUGCACCACAUCUAGACUACGAGUGCAUAUGAGAGUCCAUACUGGAGAAAAACCUUUCACCUGCACCAUUUGCUCAAAGACAUUUUCAACCAAAUCAUAUCUGACAACCCACCAGAAGCUUCAUACAGGGGAAAAACCCUUUCGGUGCCAAAUUUGUUCAAAAUCGUAUUCUGAAAAUAAUUACUUGCGAGCUCACCUCAAGGUUCAUUCAGGAGAAAAACCCCACAAAUGCAAAACCUGUUCGAAAUCGUUUUUUGUUCCCUCUCACUUGAUCAGACAUGAACUGACUCAUUCGGAUGAAAAGCCGUUCAAGUGUAAACUCUGUCCAAAAUCAUUUUGCACUAAAGUUCGCUUCACAGAUCAUUUGAGGAGUCAUACUGGAGAAAAACCGUUCCAUUGCAAACUCUGUUUGAAACCUUUCAUGCACAACGAUUCUGUACGAGCUCAUCAGAAGGAAUAUACUGAAGAAAAACCAUUCAAAUGUAAACCCUGCUCAAAAUCGUUUGCUUCAGGUUGUUUACUGGCCCAACAUGAAAAGUCUCAUCCAAAUAAACCGUUUCAGUGUGAACUUUGUCCAAAAUCAUUUUCCAAAAUUAGUUAUUUGAAAAAACAUGAGAAGAAAGUUCAUAAGAGUAAAGUGAAGGAAGAAAAUAAUGAAAGUAUCCCUCGGACGAGAAGAAACAGGAUUCAACACAGUAAUAAGGUUGUAAAUGGAAGCGCAUUCAUUAAGAAUAAAGCUAUUACAGACUUCAAGAGUGAAGUUGAAGAGGAAUUACUGAUGUGCAAUGAUCCAAAAGAAUUAACGAGUGAUGACACCCAAAACUUCGCAAUGUGUAAAGACAAGGAAUAAUUCGCAAUAAGCCAGAUAAGUGUUAAUGAUGAUAGAAAUAUAAGUUCAAAAUGAGUAAAUAAUGAUAAUGAACAAGAAAAAUCUGUUUUGAACAAUGAGCUGAGGAAGUUUAUUAUAUAUGUUAAUGGAAAAAAGAUCAAGAGUUGAUAAUGAGCAAAGACAUAAGAGUUCCAUGAGAUAUGUUAAAAUCGUUUUUAGCAUCUCCUGAUGAUGCUAACUUAAUUAGAGGAUGAUACAAAAAAGUUCAUCAUGAGUGGUGGCAUAAAAUAGUUCACAACAAGCAAGGCUUCAAUAUAAGCAAUGAGCCAAAGGGGUUUAUUGCAAAUGACAAUGCAAAUUUGUUGAUGAGGAGACAAAUAUAAGGAGUUCAUUUGAAAAAAACAACACCAACACUACAAUAUGUAUGGUUUCGUGGUUACUGUAAAAAAUAUAUGGAAGGUACUGAAUAA